CGGCGAGUUGAAAUUAAAUGCAUGAUUAAAAUGUAGAAAGUUGAAAAAAAGAUGAGGUGGGAAAAAGAACGCAUCUGCAGCCUUGAGUCUGCUCUAUCGCAAUAUAUUCGCAAUAAUCGCAAAUACUCCGAUACUCCGAAUAUUCCGCGGGCGCUAAUUGGUCGGUCGAUAUAGGGAUCUUAGGGAGUUCCUAGAAGUUCUUUCGGGAGGUCGACGACAAGCGCGUUCCGAAACUCGUCAACUAUGUUGGAGCUCUAUAGUAUACGUGACGAAAACUAUAGAUUUUUUAUUGUCAGUAUUUUUUGUCGUCCACGAGCCGACGAGCCAAUCGGCGCGCUCCGGAGCUUUCUCCGCGACGUUGUGGAGCGCGGAGCGGCCUCGAAGUAUGGAUAUCCAAAGGCUGGGCUGAGAGAAAAAGACAGUUCACGACACGGUGCGGUGACGAGGUUAUUUUGGGUCUGACUGAUCUUGACAACCUUUGAUGAUGUCAAGUCGGAGUUGAUAAGAACAAUUUUCGUCGUAGUCUUUUUUUCUUAUUGAUUCUCGCGCUUUAAAUAUAUAUAAUAUAUAUAUAUAUGUGUAUAUAUGGGCCGCGUUUCGCCCAAGGAUCGUAAUUUAUUUUUUCCGGCGUUAUUUUAUUAUUAUUUUCUCGCUUGGCUCGUCUGUCUGCUCAGCGUAUCCCGAUCCACUCGUUAUUUGACAAUAUGAUGCCAAAUACGGAUGUCUAUGACAGCCUAUACUUGUAUGCCACUCCGGAGAAGUUCUUCGUAGAGCCGGUCGGAACCAAGGUCCUGCUAGUGGUGGAUAGAGUGAGUCAGCAGAUCUACACUCAAGUGGGCACCGCUAGUCAGAUUCCAACAACUGCCAGCCGUAGGAAAAUAUGGGGACUGAUAGGGACUAUACGCCUUUUGGCGUGUCGUUAUCUCAUUGUUAUCACGGACGCUCAAAUGUGUGGUACUCUAGCUGGACACAACAUCUACAAGAUAGUCUCGACAGACGUGAUACCCUAUACCAGGUCCUUCCUGCAUUUGACUGAGAAACAGGUCCAAAAUAACGCCAUUUACUUGGAAAUGGUGAAGUCUGUCUUGAAUACACCAUACUUUUACUUCAGUUACACCUACGACAUCAGUCACACUAUGCAGAGGUUGCAUAACACGACACCCGAAUUCUUGCAAAUGCCGCUUCAUGACAGGGCAGAUCCCAGGUUUGUAUGGAACGCCUACCUCCUGCAGGACCUUAGUGCAAGACCGGAGCAGUAUAAAUUUUGUUUACCCAUUAUUCAUGGCUUUGUCUCAUUGAACACGGUGGUCGUGAAUGGCGUUGCGUUCAACUGGGGCAUCGUCUCUAGACGCGGUAUACAUCGUGCUGGCACGAGAUUAUUUUCGCGCGGUAUAGACGCCACCGGGAAUGUGUCCAAUUACGUGGAGACAGAGCAGCUAAUUGAAGUGAAUGGCGAUCGUAGUUCCUUCGUGCAGACGCGCGGAUCUAUUCCUUUAUUUUGGUGUCAGGCGCCAAACUUGAAGUACAAGCCAAAGCCGCAGAUCAGUCCACACGAGGAUCACCAAAGCGCUUGUGCUCGUCAUUUCGAUGUUCAAAUCUUUCAUUAUGGAAGGCAGAUUCUCGUGAAUUUGAUCGAUCAACGUGGACCAGAAGCACUGCUUGAAGAUGCAUAUCGCAAUUUAGUCCAAAGAAUUAACAACCAAAAUGUUCGAUAUGAGGCUUUUGACUUUCAUGCGGAAUGCAGAAGACUAAGGUGGGACAAAUUGAACAAUUUAAUGGACCGACUAGCCCAUGAUCAGGAACAGAUGGGAUAUUUCUUGUUGAUGAGGGAUGGAGCAUUAAUCUCGGCUCAGGAUGGUGUUUUCCGUACAAAUUGCAUCGAUUGUCUAGACCGGACGAAUGUUGUACAAAGUAUGCUGGCGAAGAGAGUUCUCAACGAAGUAUUGAGUAGGCUAGAAAUAGUUAGAAAAGUGGAAGAUCAUCCUGCGUUUGAAAAUCUUUUCAAACAGAUUUGGGCUGAUAACGCAGAUGUGAUAAGUAUCCAGUAUUCAGGUACAGGGGCGUUGAAGACUGACUUCACACGAACUGGAAAACGCACUAAAUUGGGCGCGAUGAAAGACGGUUUAAAUUCUCUUACAAGAUAUUAUAAGAACAACUUCGCCGAUGGAUAUAGACAGGAUUCGCUGGAGCUCUUUUUAGGUCGUUACAUCGUCCAGGAUGGUGAAUGUACUUCCAUUCAAUGUCCCUUGGAAUCCGAGCGAAAUUGGCGUUAUACUACAUUCCCACUUGUUUUUUUAGUCGCGUCCUCGAUGCUGGUCGCUCACAUAAUCUUACCAUCGCGAUACACAACGGAAAUAUUACUCUACAUACUAUUCUGGGGCGCCAUGGUGGCCGGUACCUUCGCUACCAUUAUCCACCACGGCAAGCAAUACGUCGAUAAGCCAAAAUUACUUUAGAGUUAAUUAUUAAUAAUUUUAUGAGAUUUCAAAUUAUAUAUAUAUAUAUUGUACAAUAUGGAUAUCGAUGGCGAUAAACGAUUGUAGAGGUAUUAGUUUUGCACAGUUAUCAAUCGGUCGGUACCUCGAUUUCUGUAUCGCGGCACAAAGAUAGAUCUCAUCGUGUAAUUAACAACGCCUAUUUCUAUGAAAUUAACAUGUUAAUUUCCGGCGGUAUUCACAUUUCACAGAUACAAGCAGUUGUAUCUGUCAAAUGCGUUUUUAUUUGGGUACAAGGUUUAAAGGAGGGCACGGUGUCUAUUAUAAAUUAUUAUUACGGUGGAUUUUGCACUUUCCGCAUAAUAGAUAGUGGAGUCUACUUUCGAACGACAUUCGUUCCUUAAGAUUCGCUUGACAUUUUGCGACAAAUUCUUCUGAUGUAUUGUAAAGGAUCACAAGUUUUAAAUCUCUGGCAGGGUAAGUGGGGCGGCCGCAAAUAGGGCUAAAUGACAGAUCGUUCUUGGUACCCACCGUCCAUAGAUAAUCUGAAGUAAGCGUGAAAACGGUUUCCAGUCCGAGAUUGAAAAAAAUUCAUGGAAUCUUUUCAGUUUUUUUAUUAGCUUGCGUUGGAAUUUUCUCGUACACUGACCGGCAGGAAUGCCUGGACAUUUCGUGUAUAUGACAUAUAUGUAUAUGUAUAUGUAUUAUGUCCAGACAUUCCUGCCAGUAGAGUAUACAAGUCUGAAGUAAUUAUUUUCCUGAUGGUAAAUGUUUUUUAAAAUAAAUAUUCUCUAUUUAACAUAUAAAACUUUUAUCUUACA